CGAACAGCGAUUGACUAUACUCUAAAAGUCUUUGGUAACGGUCAAUAGUUUUGGGCUAAGAUCAAGUUUUAUACACCAAAACUCCCAGUUAUUCACACGCUCCACUUACAUCCCUCAGUUCCAUCUAGUUCAUACCAAUGUCCGACGAAAUCAUCGCCAGACACAAGAAGGAGGUACGUGACCUCAUUGCGACGGUGACCGGGCUCAAGAAGCAGGCAACGAAGAAGAACCGUAAGGAAAUCAUGAAGCAGUGCCAAGAGAAAGAGGAUGAGCUCAAGGCAAGACACAAGCAAGAGCUUUCGGAGGAUGCCACGAUUGAAGGUUCGAACAAGGGUGAAAACGAAUCUGAAUCUGAUGAAUUCUCCCCAGAAAAGCUCCUCGCACAGCUUGAGUUGGAAAAAACGCAGGCCCCGGUCGAGAUUCCGGCCGUGACUCUGCAUAACGAGCCAAAGAAGAAGCGCAACAGACAGAAGGAGCGCUUGGCCAAGAGAGACGCAAGUAUCCAGCAGAUGAAGGACGAAGCGUCGAAAGAGGCGGAACUGCAGACGGACUUCCGUGCGCUCGAGCUUGAAAACAUGGAUGCGCUCUUCAAGGCGGGGGGUUACACACAGAAGGAGAUCAAGGCCGACGGGCACUGUCUUUUCGCGUCGAUUGUGGACCAGUUGAAGCUGCGUCAUGACGUGGACACCACCAUCCAGGAGUUGAGAACCCGCGCAGCCAAUUACAUGAGAGCUAACCCCGACACCUUUGCGCCGUUCUUGUUUGACGAGGAGACCAUGACCAUCCGCGAUAUCACGGAGUACACGGAGAAAAUCGAAAACACGCCAAUGUGGGGUGGCGAUAUGGAGAUUUUGGCGUUGGCGGUGGAAUACAAUUGCCCGAUAACCGUUGUGAUGAGCGGCAGGGCCCCGCUUCGGAUGAACGAAGAGGGUGUGGCUCCGGGUUUGAAGCUUGCGUAUUAUAAGCAUGCGUUUGGCUUAGGAGAGCAUUACAACUCAUUACACGAUCAAGAGAAAUAGACGGAUAUGUUAGGCUUAAGAUAUAGUUGCUCCUUUGUAGUGAUAGACAGUUAUAUAUAUAUAUAUCUAUCAAUU